GCGUUAGAUAUUCCCACCCCCUUUCCUUGACUCCCCUUCCUUCCCACUCGUAGCCCCCGUUUCGCGCGCCGAGGGGAUCUGCCUGGAUCGAAGGGGGUUGGAAUAUCAAGAGGCCGGUGGUGGCGAUUGCGUCUCCCCGAUUCGCCGCCGGAGACUCUUCCCCUACGGUCCCUCCCCUCUCACAAGCCUAAAUCUCCACCUCUAACCCUAACCCUAACCGUAACCUUUCAUCCCUUCCGUCUCUCACUUUUAUGCUCUUUCCGACGUCUCUCUCAGUGCAACUGCCAGUACGUUAGCUCAUUGUUGGGCAGAAAGAAUCAAGAAUGACCAAAACUUCAUCAAGAAACAAUGGUUGCCUCACUCAAAGGCGGCAGUGCCCAUGUGGGGAUGAACAAUGUUAUAUUAGAAUUGAGGGAGAUGAAGAAGACACAUCAGUGGAACCUAUGGUGCCUGCGGAUCCAAACCUUAUCAAUGCAGCAGCCCAUACUUCUUCUGAGGUUGCUUCAGCUGACACCCCUCCAUAUGUAGGGCAAUCUUUUCGAACUGAUGAUGAGGCCCAAGAAUUUUAUACCAACUUUGCACGGAGGAAUGGUUUUGCAAUACGGCGAGAGCGCUCCAAGGGGAACCCAGCUCAUCCAUUGGGAGUUUAUAAACGGGAGCUUGUGUGUCAUCGUGCCGGUGUAUCUCUGCCCAGGAAGACAGCCGAACUCAAACGGCAGAGGAAUAAGAAAUCAUCACGUUGCAAAUGUGAGGCGCAGAUGAUUAUUAAGAAGAAUGUCUCGAAGGGUGUAACUCGGUGGGUUGUUGUUCAUUUCAGUAAUGUGCAUAACCAUGAAUUGUUGGAUAGUGAUGAAGUACGACAUCUACCUGCUUAUCGGAAUAUUUCAUCGGUUGACCGUGAGCGUAUCUUAUUUUUUGCAAAGGCAGGUUUCACUGUGAAUCUUAUAAUGAGGGCUCUUGAAAUGGAGAAGGGACUGAAACCUGGUCAGUUGACAUUCACAGAGAGGGAUCUGAGAAAUUUCCUUCAGGCCUCCAAGAACAUCAAUCGAGAAAAUGAGGGAGCAGAACUUGUUAAAGCUUGCAAGGCUAUUAAAGAGAAAAGCCCAGAUUUUCGUUAUGAAUUUACACUGGACAUGAAUGAUAAGCUUGAGCAUAUUGCUUGGUCAUAUCCUGACUCUAUUCGGGCAUAUAAGGUGUUUGGAGAUGUUGUGGUAUUUGACACAACAUAUCGUUUGUAUGCAUAUGACAGGCCAUUUGGAGUGUGGUUUGGUGUUGACAACUAUGGAAACACCAUAUUUUUUGGUUGUGUUCUACUGCAAGACGAAAAGCCAGCAUCAUUUGCAUGGGCAUUGCAGGCAUUUGUUCAUCUUAUGGAUGAGAAGGUCCCGCAGACAAUGGUUACAGAUCUAGACAUGGGACUUAGAGAAGCUAUAAUGAACGUGCUGCCAGACACGAAGCAAGCAUUCUCUACAUGGCAUAUCAUGUCUAAGUUACCAAGCUGGUUUUCUACAUUACUUGGUUCUCAAUAUGAGAGGUUUGUGUCCGAGUUUCAUGGAGUAUAUAAUCUGGAGAGCGAGAAUGAUUUUGUGCACCAGUGGGGUCAGAUGAUUAAUGAGUUUGGACUGGGCUCAGAUAGACAUAUAGCUAUACUUUCAUAUCAUCGGGAAUAUUGGGCAUUACCAUUUCUCCGAGGCUGGCUUUUUGGGGGAUUACUGACCACUGGUUUUUCGUUGUCAAUCAAGGCAUUCUUUAAAGGGUUUUUGGUCUCACAAACACGUCUUAAGGAUUUUGUUGAACAGGUAAUGGUUGCAAUUGAUUUACAAAAUCAAGCAGGGGAGGAAGCAACAAUGCGACAAAACUAUCAAAAUGUCCAAAUCAAAACAUGCAUGCCCGUUGAAGAACACGCAUCAAGUGUUCUGACACCUUAUGCAUUUGAAAUGUUUCAAAGAGAGCUUGUGUCAUCUACACAAUUUGCAGUUUACGAAACCCAAAGAGACACUUAUCUCGUUCGCCACCACUUGAAGACUGAUGGAGGACACCUGGUGAGCUGCAUUCCAGCAAACGAAGAGAUACACUGCAGCUGCAAAGAGUUCGAGUUUUCUGGAAUAAUGUGCCGACACUCUCUUCGAGUGCUUUCGUUGAAGAACUGUUUCAUGCUUCCAGAAAAAUAUCUGUUGAUUCGAUGGCGUCGUGAAAGCUCAUUGUUUCCUAAGAGUAGCGGUUAUAAGUAUCGGUCCCAAGCUCUGCGUUCGCUUGCUUCAAUCAUAAUACAAGAAUCAUCAUUAACAAAAGAUCGUUUUGAUUAUGCACAGUGGCAUAUGAGCAAGCUUCUUACUCAUGUGAGGGACAUGCCAACCGUUGAUGAAGGUGCUUCAGAUUUGGAGCCAGUUUCAUCGUUGGAUGCAACGGUGGAUGUCACCCCUGUACGGUCCAGAGGAAGGCCCAAAAAAUUAAAAGCUGCCAUUGACAUACCAAAGGAGAUGCAAGCAUUGCAGGAAUCACAAGCAUUGCCUGAAAUGCAAGUAUUAUCAGAAACACAAGAUUUAUCAGAGACGCAAGCAUUGUCAUAGUUGAUUGCAUGUGAAGAAGUGAAGUCUGCUUCUCUUCAUGUAGUCUCUGAUUUGACCAAAAUGCGAAGCCAUGUUUUAUACUUUUCCAGUAUCAUGCCUUUAGCAAGUUUAGAUUAAUGAUUUUGUAGGCCACUUAGAGGCAGAAAGCGCUUCUUGGAAAGUGAUAUUGCUCAAUCCUGAUCGGAAGAUGAUAUGACUGUUCAUAAAUGCAAGCUUUUCAAAUCCAUUGCUCGUUUUGUUCUGAGCCAAAUAUCAUGGACUUUUAAGCAAAUGGUGGAUGACUGGACAAUGUAUCUCGUAGAACAGUACAACGAUGUGGGAGUAAAACGCAUGACGGUGAACAAAUAAAGCAACCAAUUGUGCAA